AUCAGUGAUCCCGCCCCACUCCCAGCAAUAACAAGCGGCGCCUCGCUGCUGCUGAUAGUGCUGCUGUGUAUACUCGUGCCCAACUCCUGUCAGCCCGUCCUGCACUCAGCAGCAGCAUAUUCAUUCACAGAACCGUACGCCAUGAUGACUGCCAUCACCAGCAGCAGCAAGAGCGGCAAUAGGAUAAUGAUUGCGGGUCCCAUGCAGUCUCCAGGUGGCCGCAGCCUGGAGCACGUAAGGAGGCAGCAGCUCAUGGACCCCCGCAGGAGACAGGCUGCUCUCUCAUUCCUCACGAACAUCUCUCUGGACGGGCGACCCCUGCAGGAGUGUGCGGGAGCAGAGGAGGAGAGCCAUGCAGGUGCAGCAGCAGCCGGUCUGCAGCAUGCCCGCACACAGCCAGCACCGUGCUCACCGGCACCUGCUCUCUCUCCCAGGCACUCACUGCAGCUCCAGCACAGCAGCAGCGCAGCAAGCCGGGCCUCGCCGCCUCUGCUAGCUGUGUGUCCUAUUGCGGUCCUGCAGGGGGACGAGGAGAUGCAUGUGCUGGGACAUGAGCUGGCAGAGGCGGAGGAUGCCUUCACCGGUGCUCCCUUUACAUCUGUCAUCGCAGGGAGCAGGGUCCGCCUCAACUCAUUCACUUAUGGCAUCUCCCCGGCUGCUUUCUGCAGGACGACGGCUGCUACCGCUGCACAGAGCUUCCCCUGCUCUGACCCGAUGCAAGGGCUGUUCUCUGGCGCCAUGGACAAUCCCAGGUCACGGCGACGUCUGAUCUCUCAGCGGUCUUCACUAGAAACACUUGAAGACAUUGAAGAAAAUGCUCCUUUGCGAAGAUGUCGGACCUUGUCCGGUUCGCCCAGACCAAAGAGCUUUAAGAAGGUUCACUUUAUUAAGAGCAUGAGGCAGCACGACACAAGGAGUGGCAGAAUAGUCCUGAUCAGUGGGAGAAGAUCAUUCUGUAGCAUAUUUUCAGUACUGCCGUAUCGAGACUGUGGACAUGUUGGGGACUUGAAACUGGAAGGUACAAGACAGCGCCAUUCCUCCGGUGGAAUGAAUACACGAGAAAUGAUUCUUGGUCUUGAAGGAGUCGAGCUUGGUGCUGAUGGGAAGACUGUAUCAUAUACACAGUUUUUAUACCCAACUAAUGCCUUGGGAGCCCGCCGAAACACAAUAGACUCCACUUGUUCCUUCUCUCAGUUUCGUAAUGCAAGUCACCGGAACCUGACCCUAGGAAGAGCCAACAGUAUCCAGGGAAGCACUGAUACAGGCAGCGACAUAGGAGACUUUAUUGAAUACGAUCCAAAUCUCCUGGACGAUCCUCAGUGGCCAUGUGGCAAGCACAAGCGGGUUUUGAUAUUCCCUUCUUAUAUGACCACUGUUAUAGAGUAUGUAAAACCUUCUGACCUCAAGAAAGAUAUGAAUGAAACUUUCAAGGAGAAGUUUCCUUAUAUUAAGCUGACUCUCAGUAAAAUAAGAAGCCUGAAGCGUGACAUACGCAAACUGGCCCAGGAUGAUUGUGGCUAUGAAGAACCCACAGUGGCUAUGGCAUUUGUAUAUUUUGAGAAACUUGCUUUGAAGGGGAAGCUGAACAAACAAAACAGAAAGCUUUGUGCUGGAGCCUGCAUCCUGUUAGCAGCCAAAAUUGGGAGUGACCUCCGAAAACAUGAAGUUAAGCACCUCAUAGAUAAACUGGAAGAGAAGUUUCGUCUGAACAGACGCGAGUUAAUGGCAUUUGAGUUCCCUGUGCUGGUUGCCUUGGAAUUUGCUCUCCACCUUCCGGAGCAUGAAGUAAUGCCACAUUAUAGACGGUUGGUCCAGUGCUCCUAGCACAGGAUAAACUUCACACAAGUCUUCCCUGGAAGUGGCUUCCGAUGAGCUAACAGAGCCAGAGCUGCAGCUGAACAUGCAAAAAAUACAUCUUAAAGUGCACUAUCGUCUUCACACCAUGUAGCAGCAAAUUCUGGGCUGAAGUCUAUUCACAAGAAUGCAGCCUAUAAAGUAACUUAGAGCUAAUGACAUCACAGAAGCACAAGUUAGUGAUCUCAGUGAUGUAGUUAACUUCAAAUGGUUUGCUAGUUUGCAUUUUGAUGAAUAUUGCUCCAGACCCCUAACUGACUCCACUGUGCGCACGCGAUGGAAUUAGACGAAUACCAGUGAUGUCAUUGGUGCAUUCUGUUUCGUGUUUUUCAUACAGACACUAUUCCAAAUAACUUAGGAGGAGACAACAUGUCUAUGGAUAAUAAGUUUAAAUGUCAAACCUGUCAGGGCAUUUCCCUGUGAAAUCACAAGUGGACUUUUUCAUCUCUACGCCUUCAGGUCUGACAUUCAGUGUACAGUGAAAGACAUUCCAUUUGAAUCCGGUGUCAGACUUUGCCUUCACAGUGUCAAAAACAAAUGUGCCAAUGUCUUUUCUUAACUCUUUUUGGACAAAAAAAAAAAAGUGUGUACUUUACAGUACACUGCAUGAGUGUGUCCACCAGUGCUGGAGGAUCCCCAGAAAGUGACUUGGCAGAGGGGAUAAGGAAGUCACCGUUGAAUCUCUUGGCACAGGGGAACAGACAAACACUACAAAUCAUUUCAUUCCAUCUGUAUAUAAUGGAAGCCAUGAACGUUUUUAUGACUUUAUUUCGCAGUGACGGAGUUUUGCUAUAAAGCCAUGUCAUUUUAAACUAUUGCACUUUUCCACUGUGGAGGAAAUGCGUCUAGUCGCACAACUCUGUGUUGAGAUUCUGUGCUCUAUGUUAGAGUGCAUUUUAAGCACGUUUUCUUGUGCUAUGCAUUAAGCAGUGUUCUCUGAACAAUAUAAAGAGCUGCCCAUUAUACAAUACAUUCAUCUCCAACAUUGCCUGAAGUGUGCUUCUACAAGAAACAAUGUAACAUAAAGCAUAUCUAGCAUCAGAAAACAAAAUGAAUACAAGUUGUAUUGUACUGCAUAUUUCUUAAGUUGUCUUAUUUUGGUAGCAUAACCAAUACUUGACUAUUUUAUAUUGUUAAAGCAAUCAAACAUAUUAAAAAAAUAUGGAUAGACCACUGCA